CUCUAUGAAGAAUCAUACUCUUUGGUAUAAUAUUCAAUACCAACUGAAAAUGAAAACAGUUUAAAAUCAACAGCCGUAGAGUCGUGAUAGUGAUACUGGAUUAACAAAAAAUGAGUAACGAUCAAUAUAACCCAGUCCUAGCGCGAAAGAAUCGGACGGAUUUGUUUAGUACAGAAGAGUGUAAAGAGAUACUAGCAAAUUUAUUAACCGAUAAGAACGAGCAUGGGCUUUUAGUAAAUUGUGAUGUAGUUCCAGCCACAGAACAUGUGGGAUUUCUUGGUGAAUACUUUCACUUGUAUCUGAGAUAUCAAUUGGAGAAUCAGAAAGACGUACAAACUUCUCGACUGUUUGUCAAGUCCGUGAUCUUCCAAAAUGCUAAUAUGGAAUUCUAUAUGGAGAAAAUGGGUCUUAUUAAGAAGGAGAGUAAGCUGUACGAAUUGCUGAACGAUCUAAAGAAAUUUUCUCCCCAUAUUUGGUGUGCCAAGUGCUAUUUCACCCGCAAAGAUCUGUUUGUAAUGCAAAAUGUGGAGGAUAUGGGCUAUGUGGCCCUACCUUCAGGAACUCGCUUUCUAAGUGAGAAUCAGUUGGGACCCAUUUUAAAAUCUUUGGCCACUUUGCACGCCAGUAGUAUUGCCUACGAGAAACAGGAGGGGAAAUCCAUAGGAGUGGAGUUUAGAGAGGUGCUUUAUGAAGUCUCUGUUCAUCCUGAUGUUGAUUGGUAUACCACGGGCUUACGAGCUGUCCUGGCAGUGGCUGCCACCCAUCCGGAUGUCUUAAAUGAUGCCGAAGCCCAAGAGUUUAUAGCAUCCAAGUUGCCAAGAUACCUGGACAGGGUUUACUUUAUGGUUAAUCCGUCACCAAUUCAUAGGAACGUCUUUGUCCACCGAGACGCCUGGGGUGCAAAUGUUUUUUAUCACCUGGAGCAGCCUCUGGAGAAAAGAUCUGUUCUGGUGGACUUUCAACUUUGUCGCUAUUCCCCACCAGCCAUAGACUUUCACCUGGUCAGUUAUUUAAAUUUGGAACCUUCAAGUCGAAAAAAGAUAAUUGAGAGUCUGACUCAAACAUAUUACAACGCAUUGGCUGGGGAGCUACGAGAAACGGGUAUUGAUCCCAAUCAGGAACAACUUAGUAAACAAGAAUUCGAGCAAUCUCUGAAAGACUUUGCUUUGUUUGGAGCGAUAUACAAUUGCUUGGCGGCAACUAUUCUCCGUUUACCUGAUAAUUAUCUGAAAAACCUAAAGGAUGAACGCCCCGAGGAUUUUCAUCGAUUUUGCAAUGUGGACCGCACGAAAGAUGUUCUCCGUUUGAUGAAAGAUCAUUCCGAGUUUGCUGAUUAUAUGUACGAAUGUGUGGGGGAUUUGCUGGCCCUGACAUAUCAUAAACAAAACUGAUUAAACGACAUUGUAGCA